AUGGAUCCAUGCGCGCCCUCGAUCACGUUCUUCGAUAAGGACUCCGGCAAAGGCCGGGUGACCUACCUCGUACAUGUUCUACCCCACGAAAGGGCUCUGGUUCACGAACCAAGGGCAAGAGGUGCGCGCCGCUCGUCGUCGUCGUCGUCGUCUUCGUUCGCGCCGCUCGCGCGUCGAUCGGACGGAUCUCGUCGUCGCUCGCUGCCAAAAAAACUGAGGGAACCGACCGAACCAAAAAAAAACAAUCCGCGCCGCGCGCAGUUCAUUCAGAUGAUGAUGAAGAAGUACGAAGAGGAGCCGUACCCGACGCGCGAGGCGAUGGAGGCGAUCGCGAAGGAGGUCGGCGCCCCGGACUGGACGAAGAUCGACUCGUUCUACAAGAACAUGCACGUGAAGCACCAAGAGGAGUACCAGUAG